AUGCCGACCUCGAAUCCACCUCCAGACGAUCAGCCCUCGCCUGAAGCUGCGGCUCCAAGCACAGAGUCCGACAAGCAGAGCACUGAAAGUACCGCCGCCAAGGACGAUGCCGCCGCCAAGGACAGUGGCACCCCGAAGGAAAGUGGGAACUCGAAGGACAGUGGCGCCUCAAAGGACAAUGGCACGCCGAAGACACCCAAACAUCGUCGCGGCGUCUCGUCGGGCGGUACCCCGCAGACUGCUCCCCCGAUCAUCGUGACCACCACGCACGGCGGCGGCAAUCGGCAGCGAUCCGCGACGCUCAAGCCUCAGCCUACACUGCUGACCGACUUCCUGCUCGGUCGGCAAUCGCCCGCCCGCGUGGCCGCCAUGCGCCAACAGAGGCUGGACUCGAUGGCCGUGCGUGCCGAGAUCAAAAAGGAGAUGCGUGAGGCCGCCGUCAACAGGCUGGCACAACCAGGCGGCGUCCGUGACCGCGUGCAAAAGUGGCAAAAGAACAACGCCGCCGCAAUGCUGGCCGGGAACCCCGAGGACGCAGCGAGCGAGCCGACCGACGUCGCCUUCAACGUUGACGAAGCUAGCGUUACGGAGGAGGACCGGCAGCGCAUCAAGUUCAGACAGCAGCACAAGCACAGGAGGAAAAGCUCAGCCAAGCCCGUCAGGAUUGAACCCGAACCCAAAGCUGAAGGCGAUCAAGAAGCUGUUGAAGACACAGAACCUGCCGCGGAGCCAGCCUCCCCACCAAAGAAAAGAAUCGUUAGUGACGAACACUGGAUGAAGCGUAGGAGGAGGAGUCCGCCUGGCUCCAGGGCUAUAAAAAUGAAGGCAGGAGGCGGCCCGACACCUUUGCCAAAGAACUUUCUCCAAAGACCGGCUCCAAAUCCGCCCGUGAACAGUAAGAUAGCCGCCUGGGCCGCCAAAGUUGAGCCUAUGGAGAUUCCAACCAAGACCAAAAAAUACUACUCAAAAUUCGGGGACGCAAUAGAGGUAGAGGAAGAUGAUCUCAGCAGUGCAGUCAGCAGCUCGAGAAUUACUGAAGAGGAAGGCAGUCGAGUGCGAUCGGCCACGUCCAGGAGAUCUGAAGGUUCUAGCGCGAGAACAACUGGAAGAAGCAGCGCAAGGACUCUCGAUGAUGAUGGUAUCCGUGUACGCCCAACCCGUUCACAGUCCAGGAAGCCAAAGGAUGACGAUGACGGUAUCAGAGUAACAUCCUCCUCGACGCUACCAGACGAUGGCAUCAGAGUAACAUCCUCGUCGACUUUUCAAGACGAUGGCAUCAGAGUUAGGCCACUGCGGACAAAAGAAAACAGGGAAGAUCGCACCCGUUCAAGGUCUAGAAAGCCAUCGGGAGAGCGACCGCGGAGGGUCGCGAGCGCACGGCGGGAUCAAUCACCUUCGACUAUAUUGCCAUCCGAGGUUGAUACACUGUCUAUCCCGGAUACACCUACCAGGAAAUCCAGUCGAAAAAGUCCGCCGAGGAAUAAGAAGAGCAAACCUCCACCCACGGAGAUCACAGAGCUCACACAAACAACCCAAAGUACAGACGCCACUGAGGCAACUGGUGUGACGGAGGCUACCGGCACGUCCUACCUCACUGGAACUACGGGUACCACAGACAUGACGGGAACCACGCAUGACGACUAUCUCUCAGACGAUAAGUCCUCAACUGAUUACGACAACUCUGAUCUUCCGUCCACCGCACCAGCAAAAUCCCUGGCCGAUAUCCCAUUCGGAUACUCGGCAUUUAGCGAGCUUGAUCUCCCCAUCCGAGGUGAUGGGGGAAAGAUGCAGAGACCAAAGACACAGAGGUCGCCAAGUUUCAAAGCCACCGCUGUGUUCAAAAAGGUCUACAGCGAGGGGAGGAAGAUAAUAACUCAUACAGUCGCUCCUCCGGAACCUCCGAAGCCGGCGAUGAACCAGCCUCCCAACAUCGAAAACUGGCUGAGCAGCACGGUUGAUCCAUUUGUCGAAUCACCAGAAGUGGAAAAGGAGGAUGUGGAGCAGGAAUGGAAAAAUGCUGCAAAGAGACGGUCAGAUGCAGGCAGAAGGCGGACCAAGGCACCGGAGAGAAGCGACAUCUCAUCCGAGUCGGCACCGACCGUACAGGAGGAAAACCAGGAAAACAAAGACCCGAAGCCACCAGUCGCCGAGGAUAGGACGCCGCAAAGGGAGGCAAGCCAAACUCCACCAUCAUCCACAGGGCUGAAGCGUAGCGGAGCCACAAGAGGCAUGUCUUCGCCGUUGAAGACGGUGCCGAAACCGGCACCCAAGAAGCCGUUCCGGGAAGCCCUCAAAGAAGCAUUCCGUGGAGAGUCUGCCGGCCACAAGAUCUCACCCAAGAGAUACGCCAGCUUUGAGAAAGAAAGGGUACCGGAGCCAGAACCGGAACCGCAUGACGAGGACUCAGAGAGGGGCUAUCAUGCUACGCGCGAGUCUCGAGACCAGCGCAGGAGGUCCUCGGGUUCUCGUAGGUCACAAUCACCGAGUUCUUCUCUUACGUACGACAGCCAAUCGACGGUGCCUCCGGCGGCGCCCGCAGCCGGUCUGUCUAGAAGGUUAAAACCCCCAACAAAUGGGUUUCAUGAAUUAUCUACAAUCGUUUCCAUGGAGGAUUCUAUGGCAGGACAAUCCGAAGUCGAUUCCGUAGUAUCCGAAACAACAGUUACACAGACUUCGGACUUUACGAAAUUCACGGGCGCAUCCUCAGCAACUCGACGAAAAUCGACGGUAAAGAAAAGGCUUACGAAGCAUUCAGAUUUGGUCUCGGUGCUGUCAUUACCAGAAGCCGCAGGCGUGCCAACCAGAGCACCGAGUAUAAGAGUGGCCCGGAGCUUGCGCAGAAAGACCAGCAAGCUUGAAAACGCAACUUUGGAUGACCUGCUACACGAGUUCAUCGAGGAUGAGAACUUUUACCAACGUGAACUAAGGACGAUCGUCGACGGCGUCAUUCCUGUGCUGCUCAAGGAAGUCGUCUGCCGCGAUACCAGAAUCAUCCAGGAUCUAUUUGGUUCGGCCUUUGGCAGUGAAGGCCACGGUAGACCUGCCCCCGAUGCCGCGGAGAAGGCGGUGGUCUCGAUGGGAGUGGCUCUGGAGAGAAUCAACAACCAUCACAAGGCGAUUCCUUACACUGACCCCAACCUGGUGGCUGUAUGGUUGGAGAGGAUCGUGCCUAUUUACAGCGCCUACUAUGAUGUAUGGCGCCUCGGGUUUCAGGACUUGAUUGUCAACCUUGCACCGGCUGCUGGCAAGACGGAGGAGGAAGACUCGCUCGUGAACGCGCUGCCGCGCAAUGCGGAGGGCGACGUUGUUAAUGACAACGGCGACAGGGUGGAUGUGGCCCACCUGCUAAAAAGACCCCUUAUUCGCGCCAAGUGGCUUCUCAAGCUGAGCAAGGGACUGCGCCAUGUCCUUGGCAGUGACGUUGUGCCAGACCACCUAGUCGACAAGUUCGCAGACUUGCAAGCCAAGGCGCAGCGUCGGCACCGUGAAGAGCAGGCUAGAAAGACAAACGACGAUGCCUCCAACACAGACACGAGCCGCGCGCGAGACCUGAGGACACUUCGACCCCUUGACGGCGUCUUCAUUGACAUGACACGCGAGGUCAAUUCCAAAGACGUCUUCUCCCUCGACCUGGCCCACUCGAAUGGCCAACGACUCGAGUGCCAGGUCGAGCUGAUCUACCGAGACAAACUCACAGAUGCUCACGACAAGGGGGACCUUUUGAUCAGAGAAAGUGGUCCCACUGGUGUCCAAUACCUGCUCUUUGCCCCUAUUUCCUGGGAAAACGUGUCGGCUCGGCGUGGUGACGGACAGGGGAGGCUCGUACUCAUGGUCCGCGGCACGUAUGGACACGAUGACUGGUAUGAGCUUCUGAACCUGCAAACCGAGUACGACGAUGCGAUUCCCGAGUGGCUUGAACUGCUGGGCACUGUUCCUCGGCCACCUGCCCCACCAGCAGUGUCAGCUGCAGAUCUCAUCCACGUUCGACACAGCAGAUCGCCCAAGUCCGGCGAGGCGGAUGUGCCUGUUGGGGCUCAGAAGUUUAGCCGAACGCUUCCCUCGGUGCAUGGGGAGGGUUCGCCGCAGACCCCAAGCCGCUAUCAUCACGUUCGUAACCGCAGCGUCCCAACAACCCCCACACUCGCUGGAGACGCCACGCCCAAGUCUCGGUCACCAAGCGUUAGCCACUCGCCAGACUCGGACCGAACACCAACCCAGUCCACCUACGCCCCAUCGCCCGAGUCCGACCGCGAAAGCCGCAGCAAGUCGGCAAACUCCACCCCAGUCCGGGAGGAUGGCGCCCCGCCACCUCCUGUCCACAGGACGUUCACGUCCAAAAAGCCCAUGGCCGUCGAGCUCCCACCGCCCGCUCGUGUCAAGCGCCAUGGCUCAUCUCCCCUCAAGCACGAAUAUCGACCAUCAGACGUGUCAUCAGAGUCAUCGGAAGAGGAGGACGACUCUGAUACGGAAUCCUCUUACUCGGACUCCCUCUCCUCGGGUGACGAACUGGAGGACGACGAGGUUCCUGACACGGAGCCUGGCAUCAGUAUCAGGAAGCCAGAAUUCAGCUUCAACCCCAAUGCAUCGGUUCUGUCCGAUGACAGCAUCACACCAUCGGCCUCGGCAUCUCAAGUGGACCUUCGAGGUCCUGAUAGACUAGACGAACCAGUAAAGGCCGUUGCUACAAUAUCAUACUGGUCUAACAAGCGCGGCCGGUGGAAGGAGGUCCGCUCGGAUGCCUGCAAUGUCAGCAUCACCCCAGGACUGCUCGAGGUGCACCCGAUGACUGUCGACCGUCCUAUGGGCUCUGAAAUGAUGGGAAGAACGGAUGCCGGCGCCGAUGUACCUCUUAUCGCGCUCGAUCUGACGCCCCUGGUCAUGAUCCGAAAGAGCACUGCGAUCGACCUUGAGAUCCGCUCGCCGGUGCGAUCCUACUCGAAGCUCAGCGGCAUCGACGGCAUAAUCUUCCGCUUCCGUGCCUUGUCCCCUAUGCAUCUAGAGCACCUGUACGCAGCGGUGCACCAUUCUCGCAUGAACAAUGCCAAGUUCCGGGCGCUCGAGGAGGAGGCGCGGUUCAGGUCGUUUGGCCAAGGUCAAGGCCACGGCCAGCAGGCGACCAGCGCCAGCGGGAGCGGCAAGAGGUCCUGGUUCGGGCGCAAAAACAGCUACCGCGCGUCGACGCGGGCGCCGAGCCAGAGCCAGCAAAGCGGUAGCGGCUCCUCGGGCAUUUCAAUAUCUGCAUCGAGCUUCCUGAAGCGACUGACGGGUGGGUCUGGCCUCGCCUUCAACAUUGACAAAUCGUCGCUUCAGCAGCAACAGCGCGACAGCAGGCCCAGCAGCGCGGCCGGCCCGGCGUCGAUGUACACGUCAUCCUCGUCGGGAAGGGACGGCAACACUCCGCCCAGAUCACCCAGCGUCAGCAUGGCGUCGUCGCCGAACCGCGGCAUCCUGGCCUGCGGCGGGACGACAGACCUCCGGAUCAGGUGCCACCUCCUCGUAUCGGCAAACAAGUGGGAGGACAACGGCAACUGUCUACUCUCGAUAUCGCGGCCGCCACCGGGGGUGCGGCAGGAGCUGCGCGUAUACCACGGCAUGGAGAAACGAAUCCUGGUGACGCAGAUCCCAAAGAAGUCGAUACUUAUGCCCAGGUCGGACGAGGCCUCGGUGCCACCCAAGGUCAUACUCGACGUCGUCCUGGGCAGCCGCUGCUUCAGCAUGCUGGGCACGAGGGGAAUCAUCCUCAACGUGUGGGAGGACCUGCGCGACGACCAGAACCGGAUCGGCAGCGCGCCCGCCGAGGGCGCGCUGAGCGGGCGCGUCAAGAAGUGGUGCUUCCAGUGUGCCAGCGCGGUCGAGGCCAACUGGAUCUUUGGGCUCGUCGCGAGGGAGGUGGAAAUUCCAUAG